AUCGUGUUGUAGUUCCAGUGUUUAACAGUAGAGGGCGCUCAGAUCUGACCCGCUUUUAAAUUCAUUUGACCGAGCGGAAGUAAAUCCUCUGUUUAUCCCAAGCAGGCAGCCAGUGGAGAAGUGUGUUGUUUUUCCUCCCAAAGUCGUUUCACGUUAAUCGCAGUUUGAUUUUGGCAAGAUGGGACGCAGAAAGUCCAAAAGAAAACCCCCUCCUAAGAAAAAGAUGACUGGAAACCUGGACACCCAGUUUACCUGCCCCUUCUGUAACCACGAGAAAUCAUGUGACGUUAAGAUGGAAAGAAGUCGAAAUACUGGGAUAAUAUCGUGUACUGUGUGUCUAGAAGAAUUCCAGACACCAAUAACCUAUCUCUCAGAGCCCGUGGACGUGUACAGUGAUUGGAUAGACGCCUGUGAAGCAGCCAAUCAGUAGUUUCGCUAGGUCAGACGUCACCGAUGACCAAAUACACUUAGGCAUUUUUGUUUGUUUGUUUGUUUGUUUUAAACCCAAGUAAUGAUUUUGCUUUAAAAUGAUCUAAUAUUGCCACAGAUGGAGGUUCAGGCAUCAUUGAGAUCAUGGUUUAAAAUCCCCCCCCUUUCCCUUUUGUUUAGUUUUAUAGAAAUGCUGAGAAAAUGCCAGGGAUGUCAUUCAUUUCUAAAUAGCCAUUUUUCUUUUUUUUUUUUUUUGUUUCUAAUCUUAGUUGUUACAAUUUAGGUUUUUAUAAGACCGUUUAGUGUCAAUAAAUGAUUUGCAUAUUCUCUCGUGAAAAA